CGGCAGUAGCAGCAGCACUUCACCCAGAUGGACGCAGAGCAGACGGCCGAGGAGGAGGCGGCCUGGCCCCGAGACGUCGGCGCAGCGUCCCCCAGCGCCGGAGACCCGGGGCCUGGCUCGGACCCUUCCUCUGGGAACCCCCGGAACAAAAGGUCCCUCUCGGAGUCCCCCAGUCUUGAUGCGGCCGGUGUGGAGGAUGGCGACAGAGACGGCCACGCUUCCAAACGCUUGAAGCUGGCUGAGUCGGAGCCUCCCGAUCCCCAAGAGCAGACACCGCCUGCUUCCCAGAGCGUGGCGGCAGAAGUGGGUGUGCCGGCGGGGGACCCCGUGCUGGGGCCCUUCCAGAAUGGCCGAACCCCCGGGGCCCUGCCUGCCCCCGUCAGCACUGUCGAUGCCGUCUCUCCAAAAACUGACCCUGAAAGAGCGUCUCUGCAGGAGCUGCUUUCCCUUGGCAGGGGUGGAGACCCUCCUGCCCCCCUGGCGGAGGUCGUGGGCAGCUGCCCCCCGGGGGAUGUGGAGGCGGGUGCCAGGUGCAGCCCCUGCGGCCCCCAGCCAUCUCCCGCCUCAGAUCUGGAGCUGCACACGGCUCCUCAAACGCUGCCGUCCAGGGAGCUCGCCGGUGGCCGCCUUGACCACAGAGCCGAGAACGGUGUGGCCCUGGCCCCAAAGGCCUUCUCCUGUGCCCUCUGCGGCUUCCAGUGCCCGGAGGAGAGCCUGCUGACCGCGCACUGCCUGGGCAAGACCCACCUGCGGCGCCAGAAACUGGCAGAUCGCGGAGGCCUCGUGGAGAUCCUGACGAAGCAGCCACUCCUCAAGAAGCCGUGUGCCACGGGCACCAAGGGCAUGUGCCCCAAGCCCAGGGCCUCGCCACCACUGUCACCAGCUGGGAGUGGCCACGGGAAGGGUCCGAGGCUGGAGGGGGCCGGUGGUGGCAGCGAGCUUCUCGAGCACGUGAGACCCUCGGGCGCCCCGCCCGGGUGCCGAGAGCAGACCGACGGUCCUGUGACGGCCUGCGGGGUGGGUGGCAGCCCUCAAGGCCAGGCUGCAGACCCAGGGCCUCUCGGGGUCUCCCAGGGCGCCUCGGGCAACGUGGAUGCCACCAACGCUCCCCUGCAGACGGCUCAGGUCGGCUGUGCCACCCCGAGGCCCCGGUUUGAGCACAGCGUCCACGUCCUGGGCAGCGGCCUUCGCCGUCGAGGUGGCGCCUUUGCCCUCAAGGGCCAGGUGAAGAAAAGGCUGAGUCUGCUCGGCAUCAGUAAAAGGGGUGCUGUGGAUUCUCCAAGGACCUGCACCAAGCUCCCCAGGACGCCGGCCAAGGGGAGCGGCACCCAGCAGGCGCCCAGGCAUCCGGCCGUGAGUGGCAGCGACCAAGCCCCGUGCACGACUUCCUCGGACACCCAGUUGCCGGCGCAGGGCAGAGCCAUUUCCCCAGACCCCGAGCCGGUGAGGCCCACCGCCCACCCACAGGUGCCCGGUGCUCACACGGUCGGUGCCCGGGUGGCCGCCGAGGGACCGGAGCCUCAGCUGCACCUGGACAGCGGCCGCUUGCAGGCGACGCCCUUCUCCCAGCAGACGAGCAGCAGGGACCCCGAGCACCGCCCGCGCCGCACCCAGCUCCCGCCGGCCGGCUCCAUCCUCGGCGGUCACGGCUGCCCCUUCGUUGCCCCGGGUGAGAGGGAUCCGUGGGACUGCAUGAAGGAGCAGCAGCACAGCGUGGGCUUCCUGUGCACACCCUGCAACCUCUUCUUCUUCUCUGCCGGCGACGUGGAGCUACACCAGAGGACCGAGAGCCACGCGCAGGCCUCCGCUCAGCCCAGGGCGCCUCAGCUCCCGGGUGGAGACUCGACCUCAGCGACCUCUCCCCCCUGCCUUUUAGAGGCAGGGGACCCCAAGGCCUCUGUGAGUGAGCCUGGGCCGGCCACCCAGGAGGAGCUGCCGGCGCCCGGGGCCAGCCAGGGUGGCGAGGGCAGGCACUGCAGCCGGCCCCAGUUCCAGUGCAAGAAGUGCUUCUACAAGACCAGGUCCUCCACGGUGCUCAGCAGACACAUCAGGCUCCGGCACGGGCAGGGCCACCACUUCCUGUGCAAGGCCUGCGACCUGUACUCGCUGAGCAAGGAGGCCAUGGAGAAGCACAUCAAGAGGAGCCGGCACCUGGAGAACGCCCGCAGGAACAACAUCGGCCUGAGCUUCGACGAGUGCAUCGAGCGGGUGUGGAUCGACGCCAGUGGCAGGAAGGAGGAUGCCGGCCUUCUGGCAGGCGGCGAAAGAGACAGCCACAGGGAAGCCGGGUCGUCUCGGGAGCAGGCCCGUCCCGAGACGAGCACGCUGGACCCCCGGGAGCCGGUGCAGCCCGGCGUGCCGCCACCCGCGACUCCGGAGAAGGGCCGGUCCCGGGGGGGCGUGUCCCGGACCUGCUCCCACUGCGGCCUCCUGGCCUCCAGCAUCACCAACCUGACGGUGCACAUCCGCCGGAAGCACAGCCACCAGUACAGCUACCUGUGCAAGGUGUGCAAGUACUACACGGUCACCAAGGGGGACAUGGAGCGGCACUGUGCCACCAAGAAGCACAGGGGCCGAGUGGACGCGGAGGCGCGGGGGAGGCGGGGCUCGGACAUUGUGGUUGGCCCCGAGGGUGGGGCCCUGGACACCGCCAGGAACGGGGACUCGGCGGUGGGGGCCGCCCCAGGCCGACCUGCCCUCGGGCCGGCAGAGCCAGAUGCCGCAGCCGCUGCCGAGAAGCCACCUGGAGAGCAGGGAAGCCCGGCUGGAGUCGGGGCGGACGCUGCACCCCACCCACCUGCCGCGGGCCAGGCCGGCCAGCCUGGGACCGUCGGGCCCCUGGGGCCGGAGGACCCAGCCCCUCAGGAAGACGCGUCUCCCGGCGAUGCCCCCGGUGCGGGCGAGCACCGGUGCACCCACUGCGAGUUCCAGGCGCACUCGGCCGCCUCCCUGGAGCUGCACGUCAAGCGGAAGCACACCAAGGAGUUCGCCUUCUACUGCAUGGCCUGCGACUACUACGCCGUGACCCGGCGCGAGAUGACGAGGCACGCGGCCACCGAGAAGCACAGGCUCAAGCGGCAGUCCUACCUGCACGCCUCCCCCGUCAGGGCCCACAUCCUACCCCAGCCGCCGCCGCUGCCCCCGCCGCCGGCGUGCGGAGCCUUCCAGAUCGUUGCAGCCCAGACGGCGGCCGCUCUGGCCUCGGGCCCUGCCGCCGCCGCCGGGCCCCUCUCGGAGGAGAACGCGAAUCCCCAAGAGCCCGGCCCCGGAACGGCGGACACGUGGGGAGAAGGCCAGCCCUCCCAGGAGCCUCUCUGGCAGCCCCUCGCCAGGCAGCCGGUCGCCAGCCACGAGGAGGUGGUGGCCCUUGAGACGGCCCCCGGCAGCGGCUCGCCAGCCGAGAUGCAGGAUGAGAACUCGGGCGGCUGGGCUGUGGGCGCCGAGGGUGCGGAGCAAAGCCCCAGUGACCGUGAGAUGCAGCCUGAGAGCGCGGGCCGAGGCCCCGGGGAGCAGGGGGACGCCUCCCGCAGCGGGCGCACCUGCCCACCCACCCCCGUGGUCGUGAGCGCCCAGCCUGAGGAGCCCGGGGCCCCGCAACAGCCACACGCGGCUCCGAGCAGCUUCCCGGAGGAGGCGGCCCCGGAGAGCAGGGGGAUGUCCCCGCCGCCCCCGCACGAGGCCCACCCACUCCUGCAGGACCGGCCGGCCGCCGGGGCUGUGGGCUGCGGCCUCGAGGUGUGCGAGACGGUUGUCGGCGCGGACGAGCCCGGCCAGGCCCCCGGCUCUCCCGGCCACUUCGACUCGGCCAUCAUCAGGAUCGGGAGCCCCGAGCUCGGCGAGGGGGCAGAGUCGGCUGUCGAGGGGCCGCGGCCAGGGGAGCCCCCCAGCAGGGACUGCGCCCCGGGACCCCGCAGGAGGAGGGUGGAAGGCGGCGUGGCGGCGGCGCCGGCGGCUGCGGCCCGUAUCCGCUGCGAGGACUGCGGCUUCCUGGCCGACGGGCUGAGCGGCCUGAACGUGCACAUCGCCAUGAAGCACCCCAGCAAGGAGAAGCACUUCCACUGCCUGCUGUGCGGCAAGUCCUUCUACACCGAGAGCAACCUGCACCAGCACCUGGCCAGCGCCGGGCACCAGCGCAACGAGCAGGCCAGCGUGGAGGAGCUGCCCGAGGGAGGCGCCACCUUCCGGUGCGUCAAGUGCGCGGAGCCCUUCGACUCGGAGCAGAGCCUGUUCCUGCACAUCAAGGGGCAGCACGAGGAGCUGCUGCGCGAGGUCAACAAGUACAUCGCUGAGGACACGGAGCAGAUCAACCGCGAGCGGCAGGAGAACCAGGGCAACGUGUGCAGGUUCUGCGGCAAGAUGUGCCGCAGCAGCAACUCCAUGGCCUUCCUGGCGCACAUCCGCACGCACACAGGGUCCAAACCAUUCAAGUGCAAGAUCUGCCAUUUCGCGACAGCUCAGCUUGGCGAUGCCCGGAACCAUGUCAAGAGGCACCUUGGGAUGAGGGAGUACAAGUGCCACGUCUGUGGGGUCGCUUUUGUCAUGAAGAAACACUUAAAUACUCAUCUACUAGGCAAACAUGGAGUUGGCACCCCCAAAGAAAGAAGUAAACUGCUGAUAUUAAAAAAGAAACGCAUCUUGUGUCACCCCUCAGAUGAUACUACAGCUGCUGAGCCAUGAAAAAUAGCACUACAGUCACUCUGUCGCUCACUGCCACCUGUCCUUUCUCCUUGCUUCUGUGUUGUAAUCCGCGUUCUCGCCUAGACUGAAUUGUACCAGUUGAGCCAGAGCACAGC